CCAUCAGCACCUCCCUCUCUCCAUCUCCAGAACUCUUUCCUCACACACACAAAACUCUCUCUUUCUCUCCCGGCCAACUCCCUCAUUUUCUCCUCCUCAAGCACCCCGGCGGCAAAGCAACCAACAAUUCACAUCGAUCAACUUGCAUGAAAUUUGGACUGCAUGCAUGCAGGUAUGUACAUUAGCUAAUUAAUUAGAAGAAUUGAAAGUUACAAGAGUGGCUAGCUAGCUCGAUCAGCCAGCGUUUUUUUGGAUUCAGUUUUGAAUAUUCAAACAGGCGAUGGGAUUCCAAAGACCAUCUUCCUAUAAACAAAAACAGCAAUCUGUUCCGAAAACAGCAAAAGAAGUCGAGGACCAAGGCGAUAGCUUCAUAAACACGAGAAUACCAUACCUAAGUCCUACCACAAAUGAACCUAUAGCUUUUGAUUCAUAUUAUAAUUCCUGGGUGGCAGAACACCCUUCUGCUCUAGGCUCAUUUGAUCGUAUGAUGAAAGCCUCAAAAGGGAAGACGAUUGCCGUGUUUUUAGACUACGACGGCACACUCUCACACAUCGUAGAUGACCCUGAUCGUGCCUUCAUGUCUGAUGAGAUGCGCGGAGCAGUACGUGAAGUUGCAAAACUUUUUCCAACAGCCAUAAUUAGUGGAAGGAGCAGAGAAAAGGUAAAAGACUUUGUAAAGUUGAGUAAUGUAUAUUAUGCUGGGAGCCAUGGGAUGGACAUAAUGGCCCCAGCAAGGCCACGGAAGUACAAUGAUGGCAAACACCAAACCGUAGCGCUUGAUAAGAAGGAGAGUGAAGUUCUCUUUCAACCUGCUAAGAAAUUCUUGCCUGCAAUUCAAGAGAUAUUCACAAUCUUAGAGGAAAAAACAAAGAAAAUACAAGGCGCCAGGGUAGAGGAUAAUAGUUUCUGCAUCUCUGUACAUUUUCGACAGGUCCGGAAAGAGGAUUACGGCAUGUUGGAAGAGAAGGUUAAGUCUGUAGUUGAAAACUAUCCAGAAUUUCACCUGACUGAGGGUAAAAUGGUUUUGGAAGUACGACCAUCAAUAGAUUGGAACAAAGGUCAUGCCUUGGAGUACUUACUUGACACUCUAGGGUUUAGCAGUUCUGCAGGUGAUGUCCUGCCAUUGUACAUUGGGGAUGAUCGAACCGAUGAAGAUGCUUUCAAGGUCAUUCGAAGUAGAGGAGGACAAGGGUAUCCAAUCAUUGUAUCUUCCGCUCCUAAGGAUACAAGCGCUUCCUACUCUCUACGUGACCCCUCCGAAGUAUUAGCUUUCCUGUUACGAUUAGGAAAGUCGAGGAAAGCGUCUUCUUCAAGCAGGUCACUUGCUCGAUUUGGCGGGUUUAGGUAAUUGAAAUAUUAGAACCUUAGUUUUGUAUAUAUAUAGGAGUUAUGAAAAGAAGGUUUUGGUAUGUAGAAGAGUAUAUAUUGAGGACUUACGAAAAUUACAUUAAGUUUCACAGCAUGCAUAUUUAGUGCUCUAGACCUGUGAAACUACCAUGUAUUUGAGCUUCCACCUUAUAAAUGAUCCUCUUAUGAAGGCAAAUGUAAGCUAGUGCGGUUUUAAAAUUGAAGAUUCAGCUCCCUUUAUACACCAA